GGUAAUCUAAAAUCUGAAGUAAAUUUUCUUACAACAACUCUUAGUCUUUGGUCGUCGUCGCCAAGUUGUUUAAUAAAACCGCCUUAACCUUAACCUUAAUCUUAAUCUCAAUUCUGAACCCCAACCAAAUCCAACUUAAUUAUAGUCUUGUAGAGCGCAACGCAGCAAAUCUAUCAGCCUCUCCGGUUUCAAAAAUGCUCUGUCUGCAAUCUGUCCAGUUCUACUUCUAGCUUUUCAUUCUCCUGAUUCAAUACCAUGACAUCUGGUUAUGAAUACGAUAUUGAAGAUCUGUAUCAAGAAGCUCAAACGAGAUGGCUGAAGCCUGCAGAAGUGAUGUACAUUUUAAAGAAUCAUGAAAAGUACCAGUUCACCCAUGAACCACCGCAACAGCCAACCAGUGGAUCCCUGUUUCUGUUUAAUAAAAGAGUCUUGCGCUUCUUCCGUCGAGAUGGUCAUAGCUGGCGGAAGAAAAGAGAUGGAAGAACUGUGGGAGAAGCACACGAACGGCUUAAGGUUGGAAAUGUUGAAGCCUUAAAUUGUUACUAUGCACAUGGAGAGCAGAACCCUACUUUCCAAAGGCGGAGCUAUUGGAUGUUGGAUCCGGCAUAUGAGCAUAUUGUUCUUGUGCAUUACAGAGAAACAAAUGAGGGAAAGCCCAGUUCUGGGCCUGGCAUACAAUUGUCACCAGGUUCCUCUUCUGCAUUUAGUCAGAGCCCUGGGUCAACAACAUCCAUACUUGGUGAUUCAUAUGAACCUAAUCAGAGUUUCUCCACUGGAUCUGUAGAAGUUUCCUCUGAUAUAUUAAUUGGGAACAAUGGAAUGGGUCACUUGGAUGGAACAGAUACAGAAUCAGGAACCUCAACUGAACUCGAGGUUACCCAUGCUUUGCGCCGAUUGGAGGAGCAAUUAAGUUUGAACGAGGACAGCCUUAAAGAAAUUCCUCCCUUCUGCAAUGAGCACGAAACUGCACAUGAUUCAAACCCUCAAAACAAUCAAGGGGUGAUCUACAUGCAAGAGAAAUCUGCAACUUUCCAUGGACCAGAUGAACAUGGGCUAUUUUAUGAUGGAUAUAAUGGAAGACAAGGUGAUAGUGGUGAAUGUUAUCAUGAAUUACUAGACCAUGAUUGCCCAGAUGGAAAUGAAGAGGCUUUAUCUUGGACAAAGAUGCUGGAAUCAUGUAAGUCCUCAUCUGCGGCCAAGUUACCACAGAAAAAUGCAUAUAUGCCAGCUGGAAAUGAAAACUCACCAUCUUCUUCAAGAAGGGAACCAGUUGCCAACCAGGAAAACAAUAACUGGCUAAACUUCAACAGUAAUAAUGCUGAAAACUAUGUUUUCUCACUACCUCAAGGCAUUGGUGGAGUCAAAUUUCGUCCAUAUUCUUCUAUGUUGGAAACACAAGAAACUAAUUCUGACUACUAUGCAACAUUGUUUGACCAAAGCCAAAUUGGAGCACCUCUGGAUGCAGAUUCAAGCUUGACUGUUGCACAAAAACAGAAAUUUAAUAUUAAGACAGUCUCCCCAGAGUGGGGUUAUGCCACUGAGACUACAAAGGUAAUCAUUGUUGGGUCUUUCCUUUGUCAUCCCUCGGAUUCUGCCUGGGCAUGUAUGUUUGGUGAUAUUGAAGUUCCUGUUGAGAUGAUUCAGGAUGGUGUAAUCUGUUGUGAAGCUCCAUCUCACCUUCCUGGAAAGGUUACUCUGUGCAUUACUUCUGGAAACCGGGAGUCCUGCAGCGAAGUCAGAGAGUUUGAGUAUCGGGAUAAGACCAAUAGUUGCACCCACUGUACUCCAUUUGAAAAAGAAGCCUCUAGAAGUCCAGAAGAACUGUUAUUACUUGUUAGGUUUGGGCAGAUGCUCCUUUCCGUGUCAACUAUAAACAAUGACAACAUAGAACCUGGAGCUACUCUCAUAAAACACAAAGCUGAUGAUGAUUCAUGGAGCCAUAUAAUAGAGGCUCUUCUAAUUGGCAGUGGAACUUCAUCUGGUACUAUUGAUUGGCUUCUUGAAGAGCUUCUAAAGGAUAAGCUGCAGUUGUGGCUUUCUUGCAGAUCCCAGGAAAGAGAUGAAGAGACAGGCUGUUCUUUGUCCAAGAAAGAGCAGGGUAUUAUUCACAUGGUUGCUGGGUUGGGUUUUGAGUGGGCCUUGAACCCUAUUCUUAGUUGUGGUGUGAAUAUAAAUUUCCGCGACAUCAAUGGGUGGACUGCGCUUCAUUGGGCUGCACGUUUUGGAAGGGAAAAAAUGGUUGCGUCGCUUAUAGCUUCUGGUGCAUCUGCUGGAGCAGUGACAGAUCCAAGUGCACAAGAUCCAAUCGGCAAAACUGCUGCAUCUAUUGCAGCCAGCAGUGGGCAUAAGGGAUUGGCAGGAUAUCUUUCAGAGGUAGCUCUAACGAGUCAUCUCUCAUCUCUUACACUGGAAGAGAGUGAGCUAUCUAGAAAUUCUGCUGAGCUUCAAGCAGAUUUAACUGUUAGUAGUGUCUCCAAUGAAAACCUUGCUUCCAGUGAGGAUCAGGUUUCACUCAAAGAUACCUUGGCUGCUAUCAGAAAUGUAACUCAGGCAGCUGCACGGAUACAAUCUGCGUUUCGUUCACAUUCAUUUAGAAAACGGAGAGCGAGAGAAGCAGCUGAUGGUAUAAAUGGGUAUGGUAUCAAUGCAGGUAACAUUGGUAACAUUCCAGAGCUUUCUGCUCUGUCAAAACUUGCCUUUCAUAACUCACGUGAACACAAUUCAGCUGCCUUAUCAAUUCAGAAGAAAUAUCGUGGUUGGAAAGGUCGCAAAGAUUUCUUAGCAUUGCGCCAAAAAGUAGUGAAGAUUCAGGCUCAUGUGAGGGGUUACCAGGUUAGGAAGCAUUACAAGGUAAUAUGGGCUGUUGGAAUCUUGGACAAGGUUGUGCUACGAUGGCGGAGAAAAGGAGUUGGUCUUCGAGGUUUCCGACAAGAGAUGGAGACAAUUGAUGAAAAUGAAGAUGAAGAUGAAGAUAUUCUCAAGGUGUUCCGAAAACAGAAAGUAGAUGUAGAAAUUAAAGAGGCUGUUUCACGGGUGCUGUCCAUGGUCGACUCUCCAGAUGCUCAACAGCAAUAUCAUCGCAUGCUUGAGAAGUAUCGUCAGGCAAAGGCUGAACGCGCGGGUACGAGUGAAGAAGCAUCAUUAUCAACUUCUGAAAUGGAUUUUUUUAAUAUGGAAGAUGAUUUUUAUCAAUUUCCCUGGGAGCCACGCUAGUCUUACAAAUUUUCGUUCUUUUGAAUGAUAAAUUUCUGGCGUCACGGUUUCCAUGGUCUCUGUAUCUAGAUGCUUAGAACAAGUCGACUCUUUAGUUUUUGACAGUCUAGAUUGUGUAGUUGUGAUAAUGGUGAUGUACAUUGCUACUUUGUAAAAUAUGAAAUGGCGUUGAAUACAGGCAGGUAAUAGUGUUUCAAAUU